AUGGGGGCCCAUGGGCCCCCAUAUGGGCACACGGAUUUUAUGGUGUGCCGCGACUACGACUACGAGCUCUACGAGCUCUACGUCUUCCACCGCCUCUACGACCUCCACUUCGUCAUCGUCGUCCUUAACCUCCACGGUUUUGGUGACCACGACUUCCUGGCUACUUCUACUGCCACCCUGGGCUUGGGCUACUACAUCUGCGUGGACAUUAUCGGCAACACGGCGACUGCCACCACGACGACCUCGGCUGGUAACGGAAUCACAAGCCCCACGCCUUUUGAGCCUGGUAUGGUUAGCGACUGCAAUAAGUUCUACUUCGUUGUCUCUGAUGACACGUGUUCGGGUAUUGCUACUAGCCAGGGUAUUACGGUUGCUGAUAUUGAGCUGUGGAACCCGCAGGUUGGUACUGCUUGCACUGAUAUCUGGUUGAGUGAUUAUAUCUGUGUGGGUGUUCGAAAAGCGUCUGUGGAGAAUGCGAAAGUAUAG